GUCGCCUAUUACAGCUACGAGCCUACUAUAGUUCGGCGAACUAUUCAUUCGAGUCAGCGGUAGAGUUAACAUGGCGGCGUUCACGAGACAUGCUUGCCUUGGCGGUGUACUUACAAGGUGGCAACCAAUGCUCUCAUCGACUACGAUGCUGAUAAUUCCGUCACGUGGCUCGAAGAUAAAGAAGCCUCCACAAAAGCCAAAGAAGAAACCAACAAUUGAGUCGGUGAUGGCGUCCAUCGAGGCCAAAGGCUUUCUACGAUCAUAUAAGCCGUAUCAACCGAACCAGAAUGUUUCUGAACGUCUCGACCGAAUUUGCGAAAUGGAAAAUAUAAGUACUAACGACAUGACAUCUAUUGAGGAUAUGGACCUAAGGUUCAAAUUGUUCACCAAAUGCAAUGAAGAAUUCAAGCACUGCAUUCCAAAUUCAAAGCUUGUUGAGAUUAGGACGAUUGGUGAUCUACGAGUAUUUUAUCAGACACCGGUUAUAACAACUACGCCUUACGAUGCUUUGAAAAACUUAGAUCUACCGCCAAAUUUGCACGUUCAACAAGAUUAUGUUCGAUUCCAUCCAGAGACCGAUAAAUUAUUCAAUGGAAAAACAGCUUUUCCACGGAGUGCUACAUUCGUCACUGGAUUGAAGUACAAAACAAAGUAUCCUGAGUAUAUUCCUGAAAAGCCUUGGCCAAUUCAUUUAAAAUAUGAUUUACAUGGUAAUAAAAUUGAUUGAAUAGAAAAUUUGUAUGUAAGG